UUGAUUGAUGUUGAAGGCAGUUUCCAACGUGACAUGUUUCCCAUCCAAAACCAAAACAUAGUCUUGUUUUCCUUCUCAUUUUCAUUUUUGCUCUUCUUCAGCUGAUGACAACCCAAACAUUUUUAGAGCAAAUAUGCAACAAAAUUAAACCUUCAAACAAUAAUACAUGUACAUUUAUUUUAAAUAUAAAAUUAGUGAAUUUUGAAUCAUAACCGUAAAACGUGAAUUGGUUGAUCCUUUUGUUUUGUUUGUUUACCUGGAGAUUUACAACCCGUUUCUUUUGUGUGUAGUGUUUAUCACUUGUGUAAAAUUUAUUUAUGCUCAAUCUAAUCAUAAUAUCAUUUGAUUGAAUUAUUUUGGUCAUCCUUCACAAUGCAUGAAUGACAUCCUGACCAAAGAUUAAGGUAAUCUACUCUUUGAUCCUGACUUAUUACCCUGCAAUUGUUCUCAUCAAUAAAUCUAAUAUUAAAUAUAUUCUUGAAGAUGUCUAUUGACAUUAAAAGAAACCGAUAUCCUUUCUGUAUUGUCUGGACACCAAUUCCCAUAUUAACAUGGCUUUUCCCUUUUAUUGGUCAUAUGGGUAUAACCACAAGUCAAGGUAUAAUCAAAGAUUUCGCCAUGUCCCAUACAAUCUCGACGGAUAAUAUAGCUUUUGGUAAUCCUACAAGAUAUUUACAACUUGACCCUCAUUUGGUUGAUGGUGAUAAGGAUGCCUGGGAUCAAGCAACAUCUCAUGCAUGUGAGGUUUACUCUCAAAGAACGCAUAACUUAAUUUUGGAUAAUUGUCAUUCUCAUGUUGCCCUCGCACUAUCAACUAUGCGCUACAAUGGACGUGAUUCUUGGAAUAUGGUUAUUCUCGCGGCUUGGAUGUUUUUCUGUGGAAAAUAUGUCAAUUUAUUGGGUUUCGUCAAAACCUGGUUACCGUUUUUGACAAUGGUUCUUGUAAUCCUUGCUUUCAUCUUUCUCAUUCCAUGAUUGUGGAAACCGCGCAUCUUUGAUCCAAAAAAAUCAAGAAUAUUUUUAUCGGUUACUCUACUUGCUAUUUCUAAUUAAAAAUUUAUCAUGGGAGCAGUUUUAACGAUAUUUGUUAAUUCAUGCAUUCUCACUAAAUAUUUAACCUGUAAAUUCAAAUUUAAAUAUGACAAUUGUAUAAAUUGCUUAAAAUGCUGAAUUUUAUCAGGCUUUUAGCUGUAAAUAAUUAAGUAAAGAUUAUUACCUAAUCAA